GAUUGAUCUUUCAAGUUAUUCUUCAUAACUUUAUUGUUACCUUAUUUACCUUUUAAGAAGAGAACAUACAUGUUGAUCUUCUUUUGCUUCACCCUUCACAAUGCUCUCCUCAACAGAGGAAAGGAACAUAUACCUUAUUCACAAGCAACAACUUGUUAAUCUCUUCUUUUUAUUAUAUCACCUCACUUUCAUUCUUUCUCCUCUCUUUUUCAUUCUUCCUUCCCAAUUGGCAUAUAGGCUAUAGCUAGCUAACGCGAUCCAUGGAAGAUUGCAACACGCUUAUAUCUGAUUGUAUCAUCAUAUCCUGCUGUUGUCAAUGCUUGUUUUUACAACUCCUGAUGUUCGUGUUCCUCCAACUCCCUCGUAGAUUGGCUCAGAAGACGAAAGAGUUUGCGAAAAAGAAGUUGCGCAACAGGAAGAAGAAGCAACAAGGUGAGGAAAUAGUAGAGAAACAAGUAGUAGAUGAUGAUGAUGAUGAUGAUGAUGAUGAUGAUGAUGAUGAUGAGUUUAUAGAGUUAGAUAGUGGUAAGUCUAUAUCUAUGAAAAUCCUUGAAUUGGAAGGGAUGGCUGUAAAAGAGUUACAUAAUUGGGGGAGUUGCACAGAUGAAGUUGAUAAGGUCUUAGGGGAGUUGUCUUUGAAGGGAGAGUUUGCAUUUGGAAGCUUUUGGGGAAAGGAUUCUGAGAUUCAAACAAGAAAAUCUUAUUGUAAAUGUAGUAGGAGUUUGACUAAGGAAGAUGAUUUAGAGUUUGGGAGUCACGUUGUAAAGUUUCAUUUUAUUCAAGUUAUUGCCCCUUUUAGCUCCUCAUAAUGUUAAUUCUCAUAAUAAUAAUAAUAAUUAUCUCAAAAGGUA